AAAGCGGAGCUGAAGACGUUGCACAGCAAGGUCGACACGCUGACCAAGCAAAUCGAAAAACUCACCGGCGCUAAAGUGGCACCCGUGAAAACCGCCGCCGCCAAACCUGCGGCCAAAACCGCAGCGGCUAAACCGGCCGCAAAAACUGCCGCCAAGCCAUUGGUGAAAGCCGCCGCCAAACCUGCAGCAAAAACCGCGGUCAAGGCGCCGGCGAAAGCGGCGGCCAAGCCUGCGGCCAAAACCGCAGCAGCCAAGCCGGCUGCAAAAGCCGCCGCUAAACCGGUCGCUGCCAAAGCGGCUGCCAAGCCUGCGACCAAAGCCGCCGCCAAGCCUGCAGCCAAACCAGCAGCUAAGGCUGCGGCGAAACCGGCCGCCAAGCCUGCGGCGAAAACCGCAGCGGCCAAGCCCGCCGCCAAACCUGCUGCCAAGCCCGCCGCAGCGAAGAAGCCCGCCGCCGCCAAAAAACCUACGGCCGCCAAACCAGCAGCGGCAACCAAACCUGCAGCUCCAGCAUCCACCGCCUCUACAGCCAACUCGGUCUCCGCGCCGACGCAGGCUGCCGCUACCCCGACUGCAACGCCGGCUACCCCGACGCCUUCCAGUCAGUCCUGAUUUUUCCGGGACAUCCAAAAAUACCCG